AACUGCUCUACUGCGCACCUUCGCGUUGAACUGCCGUGUGGAUGCUGGGGUUACAGCUGCAGCCCUAUGUACCGUCUUCUGUAGCCCUGGAUGGAAGUAGCGCUCUUAAAAGGAUUGUCAGAGGACAGUAGCUCACUUGAACGUGCCCGGACUUUGCAGUAUUUCGAACAACUCAACUCUUCUGUUGAUGGUUGGAAGAUAUGUGCUGCUUAUUUCAACAGUGACAAAGACAGCUCUGAACAUGUCCAGUUCUUCUGUCUCCGUGUUGUCGAAGGACAUGUAAGGAACAGGUAUUCAUGCAGUAGUGAUGACAGCAUUCUCUCUCUUCGGGCUGUUCUACUGUUAUGGAUGCAGGGUAAAACUCAAAGGAAGCUUGUAUUGAAGAAAAUGGCACAGAUUAUUGGACUAGCAUUUGUGAUAGACUAUCCUCAAAGAUGGCCAAUGUUUUUUUCGGACGUGCUUCAGUGUGUAGGAAAUGGAGUGAAAGAGUCUGUGGAGUUAUACUUACGAGUGUUAAUGGCAAUUGAUGAAGAAGUUGUUGACCGUCAAAAAGUUCACACCUGUGCUGAAAAUGCUCGCAAUACAUUGAUUAAGGACACAAUGAGGGACCAGUGUGUGCCGAACCUUGUUGAAUCCUGGUAUCAGAUCAUGGAAAGCUACAAAGAAACUUUUCCAGAGCUAACAAAUCUGUGUAUGGAGGUAGUAGGAGCCUAUAUAUCGUGGAUUGAUAUUAGUCUCAUUGCUAACGAUAAAUUUAUUCAAUGCCUCAUGAGCUACCUUUCAGUGCCAAUUCUGAGAGAAUCAGCAGCCGAGUGCCUACGUGGGAUAAUCAACAAGGGCAUGGAUCCAAUUCCUAAACUAGAGUUGGUUGAGGGUCUUGCCAAACAACUAGAGAGUGCAAAGAUCUUGUCUACAGUCUCUGAUGAGGAUACAGAUGAGGAUUUCAGGUUGCGCCUCUCAGCAUUGGUGUGUGGCAUGGGUUGUGCUUUGGUGAAUUCUUGGAGCAAAUUGGUGAAAAGGGCAGACACUGUAAACAUUCCAUUGUCACGGAAUGCCAUAGAUGAGAAACUACCUUAUCUCUACAAGUAUCUGAAUGAUACAGAUGAUGGAGUAUCUGAAGCUAUGGUUCCCUUUGCAGUACAGUAUCUAAGUAUUCUAAAGGGUUCCAAUUUAUCUGAUACUGAUCGAGGAAAUCUUCAGGCACUUCUUCAGGUCGUGAUUAACAAAUACAAGUAUGACGAGGAUCACAACUUUUUAUCUCAGGGAGAAGAUGAGGUCAUGUUUCUUGACUUCCGUAAAGAACUGAAGGUAUUAAUUGACAACAUUGCAAUCCUGGAUGCAUCAUUGCUGCUGCAAACCUUUCAAAGUGUUCUCUCGACAUUUCUUUCAAAUCUUGAAGUAACAUCUUUUGUAGAUGUUGAAGUGGCUCUACGAAUGAUGUACCUUGCAGGAGAAGCUGUCACAGAUAAGAGGUUUGGCACCUGUACCAUCGUUGGAUCCCCAUGGCACCAGAUGAUGAUUACUGUCAUGCAGAGUAAUGUUGCCCGUCACAGUCAUACAGCUGUACUACUACAAGUAUUUCUAUGAGAAUGUUGUUAGAUAUGAGAAGUUCUUUACCCUGGAGACGCAAUAUAUUUUGCAUGUGAUGGGUGUCUUCUUGGGUGAACAAGGUCUUCGACAUGAAAACUGCUCAGUCCGAAGCCGUGUGUGCUACUUGUUUGUCAGAUUUGUCAAAGGUGUUAAGAAUCAUAUGGGGGCAAUUGCUAAGGAUGUAUUGCUGACUCUUCAGGAUCUACUUAUACUUCCACCAGUCAGGUUUUCCUUUUGCAUAUUUCUGUUUAAUAGUAAUAAUUUGUAGCACAGUGCGUGGGUGUAUGAAAUGCGCCGACAGCACCAUGAUAAAUGCCAUAUUACAAACGACCGUGCUCCAUUUUUCAUGCGGUUGGAAAAGAUAGAACGGUUUAGCAAGGUAAGCGCUCAAAAGUACCAGGAAUAUACUUGCAGCUGCACCAGACUACCUCCGUCUCCACUACAUACACGGCAAGCCGUGGGGAGAACGCUGUGCUCUCUAAUUAGUGCAAACUUACAAAUUCUGCGUGCAGAAGGGUCCCUACGGUCAGUCUUCCUUGCUUACUCAUACCAGUGUUCGUGCGCAGUAAGCAGCAGCUGCAGUAGGCUGGAACGCUAUCGCUACGGGAGACUUCAGCCGCCCAGUUGUGCUACAGACCAGUUGAAGCACCAUUUGUGCUCGUAUAGUACUACAGAAGUUAUUGAACUCAAAUGUGGUCGAGAAGCGGAUAAGGCACGCGGCGUAAUUCCCGUGCUAUAUUAGCAACAGUGCUUUAACUAGUACAAGCACAGUAAAAAAAAUCAGCUCGAACGAGUGAAUAUUUGGUCAUGUGGUAAACUACUAAAGAGCUGGUGGAAAGUGGGAGACUACGGCCACCGCCUUGGUGCGCAUGCUGCAUAUUGUAGUCGGUGAGUGUGUCUGUUCCCAGGAUAUCGGAUGUCUGCUUUCCAAGUAAAACUAGUGAAUGAUUCUAUGAGCUUAUAAUGAUAGGCCAUUACCGUGAAGGCUCUUGCUAUUUCUUCUGAAAGCGAACCUGCUCACCACUUUAGAACUUGCACAUUUAAAUAUUGUGUGGCAUUAAUGGACAUGUAUGAACAAAACGGUCAGUUUGCUGUAAAUGGAAAAGUUUUCUGUCGUAUAAUUUAUGCUUGCAGAUCUCAGGAGUCAACAAGGGGUACUUAUCUGGAAAUGAUAUGAUGUUUCUUUAUGAAGCAGCAGGAAUCCUUGUAGUGGCAUCACUCUCUCCACCUGAGGAGAAAGGUGCCCUGAUGACUCAGUUGCUUAAUCCUUUGGUCCAGAAGUUUCCUAUCUACUUAAACGAGCUCUCAACUAAACAAAAAGCUUCUGAACAAGAAGUGUUGGUGCACGUCCUGUGUAACAUUCUCUCUUUUGCCAGCCGUGCAAGUAAAGUGUUCACCAAUCACCAGAUGGCAAUUCAGAAUGGUUGCUUGGGAUGUUUCUCAGAGCCCUUGCCAGUGUUCUUAAAAGGUCUGGAAGUGAGAGUUCAGUGCUCACAACUUCAGGCAGGAGUUAGACAAUACCUUCACCGCAUGAUUAUAUGUCUCGGUGAUGAGCUUCUGAAAUAUGUUCCAGUCGCUGUAUCACUUCUUUUAACAGACUGCAAGUCACAAGAGAUUCAAGAGUUUAUUCCUUUGAUAAAUCAGCUCAUUACGAAGUACAAAGAAAGAAUAUCUCCUUUUCUGCAAAAUGUGUUUAUGCCAGUUGUGCAGACAAUUGUGACUUGUCUGAGCACGCCAUUUGAUCCCAAUGAUAUGGAGGCUCUUCGAGACCACCAGAGUUUGCAGAAAUGCUACUUCUUGUUCCUAAACUCACUGGCUACAAACAAUGUCACAGAAGUCAUUGCGAAAGGUAUUUAUUGUUCAUGAUCCUGGCAAGCUAAUGCAUUUCCUUAUUGCUGGGCCCAAGUGGUGCAGCUAUGGGAGUACUUGAAUACGCGUAAUCAUUGCAUACGGUACUUUGUAUGUCUGUCAUUUUCUGCCACCGUGCAGGCGGCCAAAAAGCAGUACCAAUGGGUUUAGCUUGAUUCAAAGUAUUAUACUGCGUUCGAAAGUUAUGGCGUAAAAACCAA